AUGGAAGAAUUCAAUGAAGCAUGUUGUGUGCCUGCAAAGCACUACACCAUUAAACAUAUUUCUGACUGCCAGUCAGAUCAGAGGCUAAAUGUGGCACUUGGACAGUAUGAAAGAGAUGAGGUUUUGAGAGCUAUGGUUGAGCAGAAAAAUGUCCCUGGCGGUGAUGGCGCAUCAGGAUCCAGGAUGAUGGACCAAAGCUUGCCAAGUCUAAUCACAGAGUAUGAUAGACACUUGGAAGAAAUGAGAGCACAGCUGCAGCUUUAUCAGGCACAAAUGACUGAGAUGAGACUAAACUUUGAACAAGUCACCAAGGAAAAUGAAAGGCUGCAUGCAGAGUUGAAAGAGGCCCUUGAAAAGCAACUGGAGGCUCUUCCUUUCAUGUCUCUGGGAACUGAUACUCCUGCAGAUGAAGGAAUAGUGAGAAACCUUCAAGAACAACUGCAACUGAUGAAUCAAGAAAAAGAACAAGCAAUAGAGCUCUGGCAGACUGUGUUACAGGAGCAUGACCGACUCCAGCAGCAGUACCAGGAACGCAUGACUGAAACACAGAUUCACGUGGCUGAAAGGCAAAAGCAGAAAGAUCAACUGACUGGCUUUCAACAGUUGACUCGGCAGCUGCAUAUAGCCAAUGAGAAAAUAGAGUUGAGUAAUCAACAGUUUCUGAAAACUGUAACAGAACAGACUGUGGAACUAGAGCAGCUACGAAAACAACUGAGGCAAGCCAAAAUAGAUGGGCGGACAGCAAAUGCUAAGGUUGAUGAAAUGACCAGAUUGACAGAGAAGCUCCAAGGCCAAUUGGAGAGAAAGGAAGAAGACAUGAUAUCUGCCCAGCAAAGAGAAGCAGCAUCUGACAAACGCUUGCAGCAAAUGCAGUCUAGUAUAAAACAAUUAGAAACAAGAUUACGUGUUACUGUCCAAGAUGCUGAACAGCUGAGAACAGAAAGAACAGCCCUGGAGAAACAAAUCAGAGAGCUUCAGACAAAGUAUGCUAAUCUCGAAAGGGAGAAGUACGAUGCUGUUGCAAAAGUGCAAGAUUGCAUACAGCUCCUAGAAGAAGCUAACCUACAAAAAAGUCAGGUAAGGCAAUGGAUGAAGAUAUUUCUUAGAUAUUAGAAUACUUUCAUCACUUAAAGUUGUGAAGUGCUUGAUGAUGUAUUCCUACAGGCAUACGUGCAUACACAACCAAGCUUCUUUUAUGUCUGUGGUACUGAAAUUAGUAA